AUGUCGCAUGAUCAUAGUAAAAAGCAUGAAUAUGAUAACAGAUAUUUCAACAGCAAUGAUCAAUAUCCAAAUGCUUCGCAACCAUACGUUGCAGCACCCAAUAUCAAUUCGAUGCCAACCAAAUAUUUAACAACAUCUGAUGAGCGCUCGUCCUCUGGACAACUACACCAGAUUAAUACAUCUGCUUCCCAUGAUCGACGAUUAAUCCCGAUAACAUCUGGUUUCAAAGUAUUUUUAAUUUGUUCAGGCCUACUUUAUUUUUUAUUUGUCAUCGUAAUUAUUGGACUGGACAUUGGUCUCAUAUUCUCUUCGUAUCGAACAUGGUAUCUUGGCUUUUAUCUAAGUGGCCUGCUGAUAUCUGCAGGCAUCAGCACGUUGGUUAUAUCAUGUCAACCAGCAUAUGCGCUGUUUUAUUUUCUGUUGACCUAUAUUUUUGCAUUGAUAGGAUCUUUCUUGAUUUCGAUUGCUAGCAUUGUUAAUCUAGCCCUAUCGAAAAAAUGCAGUACAAUACAGUCUGAUAACAAAUGCGAUGAUGUAUUGGCAUUUUCUAUCAAAGUGGCUCUUGUUGUCUUGUUUAUUCUUUCGUUCAUUCAUUCCACUAUUCAUCUAAUGGUUGCUGCAAAGAGAAGCACUACCAGAGUCGAAGUUUUGCAGGCGACAACACAUUAA